AUGAGCAGGAUGAUAGCGGUGAGUGGUGCUCGGCUGGCUGUGUUUCAUGGUAACUUUGUGGAUACGCCUUCGCUGGGGCAGCUGAGGAACAGAGAGACGGUGUCUGUCGGGGUGUCGCUGACAGGGGCUGAUAAGGGCAAUAUUGUGUUUAUCAAGGAGGGUUCUGUUGAUCCGGUGGCGGACUGCAGGGAGUUCGACGAGUCGCUGGCGGCCGAGGAGGUCGUGGUGGUCGAUGGCAGCGGCGAGGCAGCGUUUUUCUUUCCGGGGUUUGUGGAUACGCAUAUACAUGCGUCUCAGUACCCGAACGCUGGGAUAUUUGGCAACUCGACACUGCUGAACUGGCUGGAGACCUACACGUUCCCGCUGGAGGCGGCGCUGGAACACGCUGAAGUGGCGCGCGAGGUGUACGAAGCGGUGGUGCGGAGGACGCUGGCGAACGGAACCACCACUGCGGCAUACUUUGCGACGAUUGAUGCCGAAUCAACAAAACUGCUGGCCAGGAUUUGCUCGUCGAGGAACCAGAGAGCGUUGGUCGGCAAGGUGUGUAUGGAUCAGAACUCCCCCGAUUACUAUAGGGAAACGACGGAAGCGUGUCUGCAAAAUUGCAGACGUGUCCUCAGUUUUCUGGACCAGGAGCUGAAAGACCCGAAGAUCCAGCCCAUUCUUACGCCAAGGUUCGCGCCCUCCUGCUCUAGAGAGCUUCUGCUGAAGUUGGGGCAGCUCUCGCAGGAUGAGGGUCACCUACAUAUUCAAACGCACCUUUGCGAGACAAACGAAGAGAUCAGCUGGGUCAAGUCCCUAUUCCCAGAGUGCGAAACGUACACGCAUGUGUACGAGCGGUUCAACCUUCUCACUAGGAAGACUGUGUUGGCACAUUGUGUACAUCUUACUGACGACGAGGCACGACUUAUCAAGGCGGCCGAGUCAGGUGUUUCUCACUGCCCGACUUCCAACUCGUCGCUGACUUCAGGGGAGUGCAAAGUGCGCUGGCUCCUCGACCAGGGGAUCAAGGUUGGGCUCGGUACUGACGUAUCAGGCGGUUUCACCUGCAACAUGCUUGCCGUAGCAAGACAGGCCCAUCUGGUCUCUAGGCACCUGGCCAUGAGGGAACAGAAUCAAAAAUUGCGCGACCACUGGAAGCUCUCGGUCCCCGAGGUGUUGUUUCUGGCUACCUUGGGUGGAGCUCAAGCUCUUGACAUGGACGAGAAGAUUGGUUCGUUUGAAGUCGGCAAGCAGUUUGACGCUCAGCUGAUCAAUUUAAAGAGCCCAGGUUCCAACGUUGAUAUCUUUGCUUGGCAACGGCCAACUUUGCACAUUAACCACGCAAAUAACAGAGUAAGAUUGCCGCCGGGAACCACUAACGAGGACCUCAUAGCCAAAUGGUUUUUUAACGGCGACGACCGUAAUGUCUCUGGCGUCUGGGUCGCUGGUAACCCAUGUCAUUCUACUUAA